AUGGGUCUUAGUGAACUCCCUAUCUCCUUCUGGGGUCCUCUAAUGUAUACUUUGUUCUGGAGGGCAUGCAAUGCAACAAAUAAGUUCACCUUCAGAAAAGCAAUGGAAAAGUUGCAAAAGGAAGGAGGAGAUGAUGUUAUGACUUGGUUUGCUGAUUUAGGUGAUCAGUCAAAAUGGAGCAAACAUAAGUUUGAUCCAAAUGUGUGUAAUGACUCAAACACCUCUAACUUUGUUGAGAUUUUUAACUCCACACUAAGUGUUGACAGGUGCAGACCUGUCUUAACCCUGCUUGAAGGUAUUAGAAGAGUUUGUAUGGUCAGGAUUGCUUCAAGGAGUGAGAGAGCACAAAGUUGGGAGAAUAAUGAUUUAUGCCCUAAAAUUGCAAAGCUGGUCAGGGAAAUCAGCAAAGCAACCUCCACCUACAGAGCUUUUCAGUCAAGUUCGGGAGAGUAUGAGAUACCUGAGGGGAAGUCCCAAUUUCCUCUAAGUCUAAACAGCAAAAUUUGCUCAUGUGGAGCUUGGCAACUCUCUGGUAUCCCCUGCAGACAUGCAGUGAAAGCAAUGCUCCAUGCUAAGGUUGAUCCUCACGAUUAUGUGUUGGGUUUUUGGCCACCUGUUGAUGCUGACCACCACCCUUACAUUUAUCCACCAAAGAUGAAGAGAGGUGUUGGUAGGCCAAGUAGAAACAGGAAGAGAGAAGAGGGUGAAGACCAACCAGGGAAGAGGUCUAGAACAGUUAAAUGCAGCAAAUGUGGGAACUUGGGGCACAAUGCUAGAACUUGCAAAGGGGGUUUGAUUGGAAAGGAACUUCAGUCAGUUAAGGGCAUGGUUGUUAAAAACCCAAGAGUGAGGGAUCAAUCAAAUGCUGCAAGGCAAACUAGAGCUCAGUCCAAAGCUGCAGCAUCUGCAACAGAGCUCUCAUUAUCACAAUUGGCAAGCCAACCACAAGACUUGUCACAAUCUCAACCUUGA